GAAACCGAUUGCUACAUGAGAAUUUACAUGUGUAAAAUUGUCUUUUUGAUUUCAGGUUGCUGGACAACUACUCCCCAUGUAAAAAAAUGGUUAAGCCAGCAUCACCUGAGUGAAUCUGAAGCAUAUCAGUACUUUGUCUUGCGAGCUCAGAAAAUAGCAUUAUCCCAUGGAUAUGAAAUUAUUAACUGGGAGGAGACUUUCAACAACUUCGGGAAAAAACUGAGCCCAAAGACGGUGGUCCACAACUGGCUAGGAGGUGGUGUUGCUCAGAAAGUGGUUGCAGCAGGCCUGAGGUGCAUUGUCAGCAACCAGGACAAAUGGUACUUGGACCACUUGGAUGCAACAUGGGAGGAAUUUUAUAUGAAUGAACCACUCACAAAUAUCACAAACCCCAUGCAGCAGAAAUUAGUUAUUGGUGGUGAGGUUUGCAUGUGGGGUGAACAUGUUGAUGGGUCAGAUCUUGAGCAAACCAUAUGGCCACGAGCUGCUGCAGCAGCAGAGCGGUUGUGGUCUCCCUAUAACAAUCUGGCUAAGGAUCCAAGGCAGGUUACGGGAAGGCUGGCUCACUUCAGGUGUUUGCUGAAUCAAAGGGGAAUUGCUGCUGCUCCAUUGGCUGGACCAGGUCGAGUUGCACCUGAAGAACCAGGCUCCUGCUACAAGCAGUAGAAAGCUGAACAACUUAAGUCCCUAAAAGGUGAAUCUUGUGACCUCUCUCUGUGACUUGAAGGCUGCAGCUUUUUCCAGAUCCCUUCUCAUUUAUAUAUGAGAAUUAGCAAAUCAAUUAUGUUCUUCCAGUCA